AUGGUCCACGCCGCUCCCGAAGGCCCUCUGCUGCCUGCUCCUAUAUCUGCAGCUGGAACUUACACCAUAUCCGAUAUUCGCGCGGGAUGUAAAGUCACUAUGACACGUCCUAUUCCUGGUGGUGGUCAGGAAGAACGUCUAGCAGAAGUCCUUUCCAUUCGCCAGAAACCCUCGCUCCGAAACGCGCCGGCGACACCCUCAAAGGAUGAACCACCAGAGACGCCAAACGGGACGGGUGACUCUAUCGCCGAGCGCAUCGAAUUCUUCGUGCACUGGCACCUCUUCAACAAGCGUCUCGACGAGUGGGUCUCUGCGACUCGUGUCGUGCUCACAAAGGACCUGGAAUGGCCACGUCCCAAAGCACCACCAGCUGGAUCUGCAGCAACGCCUGCUGCGGCUGGAUCGCCCGCACCUUCUGGAGCAGCCACCCCGGCUCUCUUACCCCCAGGUGCGCAAAAGUCAGUGACACCACUUGGACGCGCAGGGUCUGUUUCGUUGCUCAAGAAAGCGACAAUGGCCUCUGCCGCACAGGCACAUGCCUCGCCAUCUGGGAUUGGUCAGAAGCGCAAAGAGCAUCCAGACGACGUGGACGAUGAUGAAUCUGGAUCGGUCAUAUCUGGGAGUGCAGGAGAUGGCAUGGACGUCGAUGACGAGCCGGGCGUCAUGACUGCGGCCAUGGACCCGAGCGCUGCCCCAGCUUACAUGGGCAAAGAGUCGGAGAUUGAAAAGCUGCGUCAUUCGGGUUCCAUGACACAGUCGGUUGGUGAAGUAGCGCGCGUCAAGAAUCUCAACCGGAUACAAAUGGGUAAAGCAGAAGUCGAGGCGUGGUAUUUCAGCCCAUAUCCAGUCGAAUACGCACAUCUCGACGUGCUCUAUCUUUGCGAAUUCUGCCUCAGCUACUUUCCGUCCCAGUUUAUGCUCGGACGACAUCUCAAGCGUUGCACGCUCAGACAUCCACCCGGCAACGAGGUUUACCGCAGCAAAGAUGAAGCCUCGGGCGAGGAAAUCUCAUUUUUUGAAAUUGAUGGCAAACGUCAGAAUACUUGGUGCCGCAAUCUCAGCUUACUCUCAAAGUGUUUCUUGGAUCAUAAAACUCUCUACUACGAUGUACAACCCUUUCUCUACUACGUGAUGACUAGCAACGACUCGUACGGAUGCCACCUGGUCGGCUACUUUUCCAAAGAAAAAGAGUCGGCAGAAAACUACAACGUGGCGUGUAUUCUCACCCUGCCACAACACCAACGAAAAGGCUAUGGCAAAUUGCUUAUCGAGUUUUCCUAUGAGCUCUCGAAGCGAGAGAUGAAGCUCGGAAGUCCAGAAAAACCGCUCAGUGAUCUAGGUCUUCUCAGUUACAAAGCGUACUGGAUGGAAAUUAUCAUCGAGCUGCUCAACGACUGCCAUGAGGAUAUCAGCAUCGAGGAGAUUGCCAAUCGAACAUCCAUCACGCAAAAUGAUGUGAUGUGGACAUGUCAACAACUCGGUCUCUUCAAGUACUACAAGGGCCAGCACGUUCUUUGCGUCACAGAUCAGGCGCUCGAGCAGUACAAACGCGCCAAAUCGAAGCAGCGAAAGCGCAUCAGACCCGAGCAGAUUGUCUGGAAGCCGCCCGUCUUUAGCCGCGACCAGCUUCGCUUUGGUUAUUAG